AUGAUUAAACAACAGCAACCACAACAACUUAAGGCACAAAGCACCCAGGUCCCUCAGACCAUUACAUACUCCAUAUAUGCAUAUAAUUCAAAGACGGCAGAACAAACGCAAAGGUUGAAAUAUGGAGAUUUGGAGAUAGUAUUGAAAAAUGACCAUUUCGAAUUCGUUUGCAAAGGUGGUGCAGUGAUAUCAAAUAUAAAAGAAAUUUUAUUUAUGAAUUCAAAAAUUAAAGGAAUAACGGAUGAUAUAACAUCAAUUCCACCAGAAGAACAAAGAUAUUACGCAUUAAAUGCAUUUCCUAAAGUUUUGAAGAUUGGAAGAUUUAAUUUAAAUGAGGAAUUCAUAGAAGGUUUCCUAAACGACAUAAUGAAGAAAGCAGAUAAGGAAUAUGUGGAUGAAAAAGAUAAUGAAAUAUAUGAAAAAAUUAAAGAAAGGGUUGAAUGGUAUCAUAAAUGGACAUCAAAGAUUUUAAAAACUAAAGCCGAUACAGGAUGGGUUUCAGGAUGUUUAGACCUUAAAGCGGAUAAGGAAUAUGUUAACGAUGAGUUAAAUAAGAAAGCAGAUAAGGAAUAUGUUGAUAGUGAGUUAAAUAAGAAGGCAGAUAAGGAAUAUGUUGAUAGUGGGUUAAAUAAGAAGGCAGAUAAGGAAUAUGUUGAUAGUGAGUUAAAUAAGAAGGCAGAUAAGGAAUAUGUUGAUAGUGGGUUAAAUAAGAAGGCAGAUAAAACUUAUGUGAAUGAAAUAUACCAAAGUUUGAUAGGAACAACUGAAAAUAUUGAAACUAUUGUUGGUGACUUUUCUGUCUAUGAAGAAAAUAAAUAUUUUAGAUGGCAAUUGGUACACUCCUUAAAAAAUGGUAUACGGUGUAAACUCAUUCCGAAAAAUAACAAUGAAAUGUAUGUAAGCUAUAUAAAGAAUGAUGGUACACAAGUUAAAGUUCCAUUAGACAACAACUGUUACUUAAACUUAUAUGGAGACGAACAAAAGAAAUAUUUAAGAGUUUAUGAAAUGACAGAUAUGACAUUGUCUAACCUAGCUCCAGCACCAUAUUAUUAUGACUAUGGAGAUGAUGUCAGAACACCACAUGUAGAUGAACAAAAGUUAACAUUAUAUUUAGAUUAUUAUAGAUAUAAAAGAUAUAAUGCAAUAGAAAAAACGAGAAUAGUAUAUUAUUAUAUAGAUGACAAAAAUAAAUAUUAUAGUCAAGAUUUUACCUACCCUGAAAACAUAAGAUUAUAUUAUAAAAAAUAUUCCGACACAAACCAGAAGAAACCCGAAAUAGUUUCACUAUAUUUUAAGUUCAAAAGAGACAAUCCUAUAUUAUCUCAUAUGUUUGAUUUAAUGAACCCAGUAGGUUCUAUUUAUACAUCUAUGGAUGCAAGAGGUCCUCAAGUAAUGUUUGGUGUUGGUGCAUGGGAACAAAUAGUCGACAGGUUUUUGUAUUGUGCAAACUCUUCAAAGGAAAUGGGUGGAAGUAAAACGAUUACAGGUGAAAAUUUACCUGCACACAGUCACUACAUAGAUUUAAGCACAUCUCAAGCGGGUUGGCAUAAGCAUAGAUAUUGGGAUUGGUCAGGAAUGACAAAAGGUAAAGGAUAUGAUGUUAAAGACGACGUUAAGUUUGCUAUAAAUUGUUACUGGAGUGACACUCAGGGAGAAGGAAACCAUACACAUCACGUUUCAGGAUAUACACAAACAACGGGACAAAGUAAAGAAUACAUGCCACCAUUUAUGACUGUAUUCGCAUGGUAUAGAGUUCAAUGA